UUGUUGGGUUGAAGGAAAUAUACCUUUACUCUCAUUAUGUCCUUUUAAAAUAUUUUCAAACAUAUUUUUAUUUAAACUCGAUGUUUUGGACAUUAAAACUGUUCUCACGUUUUAAACCUGCAGUCCACACAGAAAAAAAGUGGUUCUGAAUGUGCAGGCAAAGGUUGAGCAGGUGGACAUGAUCUGAGGUUGCUUUAAGCAGGAACAUGGGGUCAGAGGUCAUCGAUCUCACCAUCAAGAACAAUUCAUAAAAUAAAUAUGUUCAUUAAUCUGUUCUGUAAACGCAAUUUCAAUGUACGAUUCUAAUCAUUUUUAACCUGAAAAUCAUAUGUAAUGUAAUGUCUUUCCCGUUUGUCUAAUGUUAAUUUAGUGUUUGGAUCUUACAUAAAACUGCACUGGAAAGACACCAGGUAAGACGGGCAGGAAUACAUCUGUGUUUUUGUGAUACUUUUUUAAAGGUUUUUAAUGCUGGUGUUGCACAAAACUAGAAAAAAACAAACAUGUCCACUUGGAGUAAUCUCAAGUGAUAAGUCAUUUGAUUUUGUUUUCAAUGCUUUAACAGGCUACUUUAAAAACAACUAGAAUCAAUUAAAAAUCAAAGCUCUCUUUAAUGUUUUAUACAGAGUUUUCCCAAUAUUUGACCUCAUGGUAAUUCAUAAAAAGUGAAAUUGCCAAAACAUUUUCCACUUUUGAUCAUGAUAAUAAUGAGCAUAUUUUAUUAAUAAUAUAUGGUUUAGUAGUACUUAAUUUGCACAAUUUUUUUCUUUAUUUGUUUAUUUUUUUAUUUAGAGGGGUGUGGGGGGUACAGCAUACCUGAGCUCAUGUUGUUAGUAUAGUUCAGUGGGAGUCCAUUGUUGUGUUUCUGACUGAAUGCAACAAUGACAGAUGUAUAUUCAUUAAAAUGUCUUAGACUGGAAAUAAAAUCCGUUAGUAAUAAAUAAUGAAUGAUUAAUCACUGAUAGUUGAUCACGAAUAAGCUUUUUUUAGGAUGAGUCCAGCAGAUUUAGAUGACUUUUGGGCUGUAAAACGUUGACGCUUUCUGGCAACCUGGCAACACCGCUGAGCAGAAGCCGUGCUCGGUCUGCGCAUGCUCCCCGCGGCAGGAAGUGGGAUGUGUCCCGGAUGAAUUUGUGUUGCUGCUCCACAUCUGAGAAUCAUUGAAUCAGCUCCAGGGCUCCAGAGCGGGGCUUUAGCCGAGCCCAGCGGCGCACGACGACACCCCCGCAGUCCGUCACGAACAGAACGCAGCCGAACCCGCGGUGCCGGUCGCUCUGGACCGAACACAGGGGUUUGUGACCGCCCGCCGCUUAUGUAAAGGCAGCAUCUGAAUCGUCACAUUUGGACUUUAGUUGUGCCUCGCGCGGCUCCCGCGCUCUGUCAGAUGUCGAGGACUCAGCAUCACCGGAUGAUGGAGUCCUCCGUGGCGCUGGGCAAACUGGAUCUGGCUCCUGGUUCCGCUGCUGGGCUCGACUCUGUCCCCCGGAUCUCCGGAGGCGACCCCGGCACAGAACCGCAGGACCCGCCGAACCUAAACGGCUGCGUGCCCCUCUCCCAUCAAGUGGCGGGACACAAGUUCGGAUUUCACAUAGGAGGUAUACUGCAGCACCCGGACGGGACGGUCCUGAAGCAGGUUCAGCCUGCACCCAGAGGUCCUCGAGAAAUGCAGUUCUACAACACGGUGAAUGCAGAGGACUGCUGUGACCCCUGUCUUCUGGAGCUCAAGAACUAUCUUCCCAGGUACUACGGCACGUGGUCGACCCCGGACAGGCCGCAUGACCUGUUCCUGAAACUGGAGGACGUAACCCGUCACUUCAUCAAGCCGUGCAUCAUGGAUGUUAAACUGGGCCGGCAGAACUACGAUCCUUUCGCCUCGCAGGACAAACGAGAGCAGCAGAUCAAAAAAUACCCGCUCAUGGAGGAGAUUGGGUUCCUGCUCCUCGGCAUGAGGGUAUAUAACGUGUGCAGUGACUCGUUCAGCUCCUAUGACCAACACUACGGACGGGGACUGGUGAAGGACACGGUGAAAGACGGUUUGGCCAGAUUCUUCCAUAACGGCGUGCGUCUGAGGGAGGACGCCGUCCUGGCCAGCAUCUGUAAAGUGCAGCAGAUCCUCCACUGGUUCCAGUCCCAGCAGAAGCUGGUCUUCUACGCCAGCUCCCUCCUGUUCGUCUACGAAGGCCUCCCCUCCUCAUCCUCGCCGGCUCCCCUCCACAGCUCUCUGCCCGUUGGUCCUGCGGUGAACGAGAGCGCCGCUCUGUCUUUGGCGGCUGACGGGGGCCAGGAGGAGAAAGGCGUUAGGGAGGAGACGGUGGAGGAGAAGGGAGUCGCUGAGAACAACAACAACACUGAGGUGGCGGUGCCCCGGGACUGCAGCCCCCCCACCAUCUACAACCAAUACAUGAAGGCCAGAGAGCGCUGCAGUGGGGAGGGGUGUCUCCAUGGCAACAGUGGAGACGGAACGCCAGAAAUCACAAGCGGCUCAAACUCAGGACUGUGGGAGGAAGACAACGCCACCUGGCAGCAGAGGGGGGUCCUGAAAGCUUCGGCCAAUGGAAACCAAACCAAACCACAACUGGAAAGGAAAGACGAGGACAGAGAGAGGGGGGAGGAGCCGGGACGAGGAGGAGGAGCAGAGGGGGAAGGGGGACGGGACGUCACUGAUGUAGAAGUGAGGAUGAUCGAUUUCGCUCAUGUGUUCCAGAGUGACAGCUGUGAUCAAGGAUACAUCUAUGGUCUGAAAAACCUGCUGACAGCGCUGGAGCAGAUCCUCUGUGACGCCGCCCAGAGCUCCCUCUCUGCCCCCACCUCCUGAAGGAUUCUGGGUAGAGGAACGGACGAGGUCCCUCUGACCCCGCCUCCUGAAGGAUUCUGGGCAAAAGGGACGGAUGCGGUCCCUCUCUGCUCCCACGUCCUAAAGGAGGCGGGGUCAGAGGGACGGAUGCUGUCCCUCUGACCCCGCCUCCUGAAGGAGUCUAGGCAAAAGGGACGGAUGCGGUCCCUCUCUGCUCCCGCGUCCUAAAGGAGGCGGGGUCAGAGGGACACAGACCCUCCACUCUGACCUCCUAAAGGAGGCGGGGUCAGUGGGACGAACGCCGUCCAUCUGACCCCACCUCCUGAAGGAGUCUGGGCAAAAGGGACGGAUGUGGUCCGUCUCUGCUCCCACGUCCUAAAGGAGGCGGGUCAGAGAGACGGACACGGACCCUCCACUCUGACCUCCUAAAGGAGGCGGGGCAGAGGGACGGACGCCGUCCAGAAAGCCAGCUGCGUCCCUCAUCCUCUGAACCCUCUGUCAGCAGACACUAACCUGUGAAGGCAACAUGACGCUGCACCUGAACGCAGCCUCUCGGCUCCGUCAGCCCCGCUCACCCGCUGUCAGGAGCCGGCGCCGCUGCUCCUUUAAAACCCAACCGGCCUGCAGUUCUGUUGCAGGUUUACUUUAAGCUGUGCAUUAGAUCUCUUAGUGAGGGAGUCUCCACUGGAGCUUUUCAUGAUGGAUGUUUCUCCCAAAAGUUGAUUUAAAGGUUUUUAGAUUUGUAAUUGGGUUGAUUCCUCCCCCCGCACCCUCAGCCCUCCACAGUCCAUGGAUGUAAACUGGAUUUGCUGUAAAUGUUUACAGGUUCCUGUCGGACUGGAAAGCCAGCAGAACUGGUGUUUUUGGGGUCAGACAGGAAGCUGCAGUCAGCCUGGUGUUUGGUUGCAUCGUCAUGUUGCUCUGCGGGUCAAAACACUGUCAGCAAGUUUGUAACUCAGGUAUUUACUGUACUACCGAUUCUUAAGAUUGCUACUAUUCCUUUCUCUCCCAGAGAAUCCUUAUGCUGUAUGCUUGAUGUUGAACAUGUUUUAUAUCAUUUUAGUGGGUAUUUAUCUCAUGAACACUUUAAUCUCAUCAACACUGACCUUCAGUUACUUUAUAUGCCAUGGAUUUAUACUACAAGAGCCGGAGCGUAGCUGUUUGAACGGUGGGUUUGUCGGUUGCCAAAUCAGCUCUCCUUUUCCUCUACGGUUUCACCAAACAGGCUCGACCCGGACCUGGUCUGUGCUUGAGCUCUGGUUCUGAAACUGGGUUUUUGUUUUUAGUUUUUUGAGCUGCUUGUCCAAAAGGGGAAGUUGGACCACAGAUCUGGCAACUCCUUCCCCUCAAAGUUUGACAAUCAAAUGAUGCAAACUGACAUUCGGUUGAUCCUCCAGUGAAGGAGUAAGCAGACAGAUUCAAGCCUCCAGGACUAGAAACAGUCCAUUUCUGCAGCUCUUCUGAUUCCUCUGAAGUUUUUUAUGUUUUUUUUUUUAAAUCAAAGAAAUGAUUUAUUUUAUUGAAAAGGCGAGCUAGAAUGAGAAAACAGCCGCCCAUCGUCUAUAUUUACAUGCAAGUGCAUAAUGUGCCUCAAUUAGAUGAGAAACUGCAGUAAUGUUCUUCUAUUUUUGGGUGGGUCAUUUAUGACAGUCGAUGCUGCUAAAGGAAAGCAUGACCCUGCUAACGUGAGCUUUAACGGACGUCUGUGUUCUGGCUGGAGUGGGCUGGGACGCGCGGUCCAAAGACAGAAGUGCAGAUGCAGACUCUGCUGUAGGAAUGUGUGCACCAAUCAGCCGUGAAGAUGUCAGAUCAGGAGCUCCUCGCCGCUGACUCAACAACUGUUGAUGCUCUCAACUGAAAAGGAAAGUCUGAAAUCUUAGGGGAAUCUUCUGGAGGGAUUUUGCUCAACGACUUUGUGUUUCUCAGAAUCAAACCAUGACCCUCCACCGUCUUCUCAUAAUGACCUGAGUUUGAUGUGAUUUCUGUUUGAUCUCUGCCACGCCGUGGCCUUCAUCUCCACAUCCAGACCGCUCAGACCGGAGCUCGUACUGAGGAGGAGGCCUGCAGCGGUCGGGGCUGUCCUGACGGCCGUCUGCAUGAGCUGCGCAGACGCUCCGGCUGCGUUUGCUCUCUGUUCCUGGAUUUCGUACAGCUGUUUGCACACUGGAGCUGCUUCAAGUUCAAAACUGGUAACUUUGUUCUCUCCAGCACACAAACUAAUGUUAUGAACUAUAUGUAUAUCUGGAUAUUUUGUAAUGUAACUUGAUUCCAUGGAUUUUGGUUUUAAUCUGAGCAGCAAAUGAUUAGGGUAUGAAAUGUUCUUAACAUUCCAGUUUUUUUUAAUAAACGUCAUCAUUUGUUCAAAAGGAUCAACAUGAAUGUUCAGCACUUAUUUCCCCGGUGGAGGAGGAGCCUUUUGAGCCUUUGCAUUGACUGCUGGAGAUGGGGGGGCGAUCAUGAUGAUAUGCACUUCCAUGCAGGAGGACAUUAAAGACACGAACACACUUGUAUCCCA